AGAUUAUUGUGUCCCUCCUGGAGAGGGCCAUGUUGGGAGACAUCCAUUUUAAUGGUGCAUGAUCAGUGAUCAAGCUGAAUUUCCUUCCCACUUCAGAAAGUCGCAUACCCUUCUGGUAACACGAGUGGAGAGCAAUAGGAAGAUCGUCUUUGGAAAAGAUCACUGAUUGGUGGGCAUUGGGAACAUAUCCAGUGCUGUCUGCCUACAUAUGGUGUAAUUCAGUGUCAUUACUUUCCUAUUUGAACCUCACUGGGUUGUACAAGUGUUCUGGAUGUUCCCUGCUGUAUAAGUGCAUUCUGUCUGGGUUAUCAGAGAAAGAGCUGCAGAUCGCUAUAUUUCCUAAAUCAAGCGUCACAAUUUCAUGAUGAGUGAGAAAGAUGGUAAUGCUGACAGCCUGUUCCUAAAGGAGGACUCUGCAAAGGGGGUAAAACCAGAAGGAUGUGUUCACAGCUGGCAACACGCCAUGCGGAAGAGAGCAACGCGAGCUGGGAAGCGAAUGCGCAAGGUGACACUGGGCAGUGUACGUGGAUUCCUGUGUCGGAAUGCUUUUGUGAUACUCACCAUCGCAGCUGUAGUUCUGGGUAUUGUGCUGGCCUUUGCACUGAGGCCAUAUAAGAUGACUUAUCGCCAGAUCAAGUAUUUUUCCUUCCCUGGUGAGCUGCUUAUGAGGAUGCUGCAGAUGCUCGUUCUGCCGCUCAUAGUGUCCAGUUUAGUUACCGGUAUGGCAUCUCUGGACAGCAAAGCGUCUGGUAAAAUGGGCCUUCGUGCUGUGGUAUAUUACACUGUAACCACCUUCAUUGCUGUUUUUAUUGGCAUUGUCAUGGUGAUUAUCAUUCAUCCAGGCAAAGGCUCCAAGGAGGGCAUGACAUCCCAAGGGAAAAUUGAGAGAGUACAGGCUACAGAUGCCAUUUUGGAUUUAAUACGGAAUAUGUUCCCUCCUAAUUUGGUGGAAGCUUGCUUCAAACAGUACAAGACACAUUACAACACAAGAGUCUAUCAAUUGCCAGUUCUUCCUGACCAGAACCUCACAGUAACCACAGACCAGAACCUCACAGUAACCACAGAAGCCCAGAACCUCACAGUAACCACAGAACAGCCCACUGAAUCAUUUAACAUAAGUAACAUUGUUGAGAAUGUGACCCGGGCAUUAGGAAAUCUGCAGGACAUGAUGAAUGUGGAGGAAGUGGUUCCUGUGGCAGGCUCGGCAAAUGGAGUGAACGCAUUAGGUCUAGUGGUCUUCUCCAUGUGCUUUGGGCUAGUGAUCGGGAAGAUGAAAGAACAAGGAAGAGCUCUGAGAGAAUUCUUUGAUUGCCUUAAUGAGGCAAUCAUGAGGCUGGUGGCGAUCAUUAUAUGGUAUGCUCCAAUUGGAAUAAUGUUUCUGAUCUCAGGAAAAAUACUUGAGAUGGAUGACCUACUGGUUAUGGGGGGGCAGCUGGGCAUGUACACCAUCACUGUCAUAAUAGGACUUCUCAUACAUGCUUUGGUGGUACUCCCAUUGUUAUUUUUCAUUGUUACCCGGAGGAACCCCUGGCCGUUCAUUGGCGGGCUCCUUCAGGCCCUUGUCACUGCAUUGGGGACGUCAUCAAGUUCUGCUACCCUUCCUAUCACUUUCAAAUGCUUAGAAGAAAACAAUGGAGUGGACAAGCGGAUCACUCGUUUUGUGCUGCCUGUGGGAGCUACCAUAAAUAUGGAUGGAACAGCAUUAUAUGAAGCACUGGCUGCCAUUUUUAUUGCACAAGUAAACAAUUAUGAGUUGAACUUUGGUCAAAUCCUCACGAUCAGUAUCACAGCAACUGCUGCCAGCAUUGGAGCAGCGGGCAUCCCUCAGGCCGGCCUGGUUACCAUGGUGAUAGUGUUGACAUCGGUGGGACUCCCCACAGAGGAUAUAACGCUUAUUAUCGCUGUGGAUUGGUUCCUGGACCGUCUCCGUACAACCACUAAUGUUCUCGGGGACUCCUUAGGAGCUGGCAUAGUUGAGCACCUUUCUAGACACGAGCUUCAUAAACAAGAUGCAGAGCUGGGAAACUCUGUUCUAGAAGAGGAUGAAAAGCCCUAUCGGCUAAUCUGUACUGAAAAUGACAUCCAGAAGCAGCCCAAUAGUGAGACAUCUAUGUGAAUGAAUGGCAUACGUGCCUUUCACCCUUUGUUAUCUUCUCCCCGUACAUGUGAAUUGGAUUCUUGUAACGUUUGGCUUAACUGGACCACUUGGAAGACUAUUCCACUCUCUGUGUCACUGCUUUGGCAGCACAAAGGACACUCCCACAUAGCAUACUAGAAAAGCUGCAUUAAUGUCCAGAGAGGAGUUGGUGUAUUUUGGACAAAUACAAUGGAGAUCUUGUCUCCUUCAUUUGCCAGGAUGGUAUCCGAAUCCUGGCGGCAUUCUGACUGUUGGGAUCCCAACUGCCGGGACCCUGACCGCAUCCCCAUUUGCCAUAUACGUUUGCCAAUACUGCAGUUACAAUGUAAAGUGUUAAUAGUCUCCGGCGGAAUGGAAGUGCUGGAAAUCCCAUUAAGCAGUACAUUUUCUUUUGUGUGUGACAAGCGUACUGUUACUACCUUUAAUUUAUGUGAAUGGCUUUUCUUUCCCAGUUACUUGAUGAAGAACAUAACCGUUUGACAAGUAAUGGCAGCUUCAUCAGAUAUCUGACAUUCUUUGGGCAUUUAUUAUAUUUCUUUUUAAAGGAACUUUGAACUGAUGGAAAACCUCACAUUUAUACUAGAUAUUUUACAGGUGGUUCUACCAUGUUCUAUAGGUGACAGCUGUACUCCCAUAUUCUGUUCCAUUCCGUAGGUGGUAGAUACGAUGAGGAAGACGCAUUCUUUAGAAAAACUGGAAUUUUCAUAUUAUUGUGAAAACUGUAUUACCUACAGAGCAGACUGAUCCAAAGGUUAAUCUGUUGUUGAAAUACAUAAUGGAAUGAGAAAAUCAAUUUGCUGUUUCAUAGACUUCUAAGUAAUGUCCUUAGGAGUGCUUGAUGUUCUACAGAUGACAUUACUGAUGUAAUAAUGAAAUACCAAAUUCUUUAAGAUUCUUGUUCCAUAUAAGAUUUAACUUAAGGGUCCCAUACAACUUGCCUGCAUGGAGGUAGUUCCCCCGUUUUCAGCUGAUGCUGGGAUCAGGGAUCUGGAGAAAUCCAACAUGAUAGAUUUACCUGACUCACCGAUUCCAACCAAAAACUGGUUGGGAGCACUAGGUCACGGAUUUUUAACAUGUUGAAUUUCCCAGAUUCCCCGACAGUUUACUGAUCAUUGAUGUCCGAUGAUCAGAGCAUGGGAUAGUCUCACUUUCAGUUGUUUAGUCAGAUUAGAACAGCAGAUACAAAGCAAUUAUUAUGAGUACUUCUUGUCAGCUAGAGCAGGGCAUUUCAUUGCACUUAAAUAUUAGAUGUGGAUAAAGUAUUGUGUUAUUACGGGUGGUCUUCAGUAUGCCGGCGGUCGGGCUCCCGGCGACCAGCAUACCGGCGCCGGGAGCCCGGCAGCCGGCAUACCGACACUUAUUCUCCCUCGUGGGGGUCCACGACCCCCCUGGAGGGAGAAUAAAAUAGUGUGACAGCCGGCAUACCGACACUUAUUCUCCCUCGUGGGGGUCCACGACCCCCCUGGAGUGAGAAUAAAAUAGUGUGGCGCGCGUAGCGCGGCGAGCCCGCAAGGGGCUCAUUUGCCCACGCCACACUGUCGGUAAGCCGGCGGUCGGGCUCCCGGCACGGGUAUGCUGGUCGCCGGGAGCCCGACCGCCGGCAUAUCAUAGUGAACCCAUUAUUACAGUUAACAUACUGUACAGUAACUUUUAAUGGCUGCCCUGCGAGAUUGAAUUUCGUGUUACUAUUCAGAGUUACUAAGCAGAGUGGAAAUAGAUGUAGCUAUCUGGGAGCGCAAUAAGCGUUCUCAGUUUGUCUUUCAACUCACCCCAGGGCUGUUGUCAUUCCCUGCAUCCAGGAAUCACCGUUACCAGUGAGGAUGAAAGAUCAUCAGGCUCUCUUGUCCGCUGUCUAAUAAUAGGGUGGCAGCUUUGUGUUGGUAAUCGCUGAGCAUGUUGGCAAACAGUUGACUAGGGUAGCACAUCCUCUCCGUAAUAAAUGACCGGCGACUUGUAUAUGUGGGUAUUGGGCAGCCAAAUGUUAGGCUGUUUGGAGGAACAAUACUGCCAGCAUGCUGCUAUUUUACACCACACGUUAGGCUGCAGCGCUGCAUGGAAAAGAAGAGAGUCCCUUCACCCAAGUUUUGGAAAUAUCCUCAGUACAGCUCCGGUAGUGAGUAUGAAGUAUUUGCUAGUAUUGACAAAGGUAUCAGCAGUUCAAUCAAUCACAGCAGGGCAGAAGUGUCAUCAGCGCGUUUCGUUCUUGUCAAAGGACUUUAUUGAGAUAUUAGUGCAGUUAAUAGUUUCUGUUUUUAACAUGGUGAUGGUGGCAACAAGUAUAUGAUACCAAGGGUUAUUAAAACUACCUGUUUCAUGAUAUAUAAUUAAUCAAAGCUAUCGGGGUGACCCAAGAUUUUAAUAUGGCCCUAGCAGGGCAAAAUUUCUGGCUCUCUUUGUCAGGCCCAGGUUCCAGGCUAUCGCCAGAUUUUGAUAAUUAGGCAUUCUGCCUAAUAAUAAUACAGAACGCCUAGGAGGUAAUUUAGAUCUGAUCGCUGCUGUGUGUUUUCGUACAGCGGGCGAUCAGGUACUAACUGUGUAUGCACCACAAUGUGCACGCGCGUUGGACAACAACAAAUGGCAUCGCCGGUCAACGAUGGGUUGGUGUGAAAAGUCCUAUCGCAUGGGCGUUCACAAGGUGAUUGACAGGAAGGGGACGUGUGUGAGUGGUAACUGAGCAUUUACUGGGAGUGUUCGGAAAAACGCAGGCGUUCCCCAGCUUUUUCAGGGAGAGUGUGUGAUGUCAGCUCCUGCCCCGAUCAGCCUGUUCUCAUCGCACUGGAGGAGUAAGUCCUGGGCUGUGCACACACUGGAUUUUUGCAGCUCGGCAUACACAUAGGAUCGCACACUUGGACUGUGAAUUUACACUCCCUCUGGAGGCGGCGACUAUCUGAACGCAGGACAGCAAAGUUUGCAGCCCAAUGAUCAGGUCUGAAUCACCCCCCUAUUCCACACCGACUGUAUUUCAAACAAAGGAGAGAAUAAGGGUAAUGACUGCUUUGAAAACACAUUUAGUACUCUAUUGUUAUGAUGCUUAUUAGAAUAGAAAAGACUGUGAUAUGCAUUCCUCAUAAUGUUAAUACUGUGUAAUCCUAUUACUGGUUUUGCACCGGUUCCUGAAAUUGACUCUGUUGCAGAUUGUGAGUUUUACAGAAUGAGUUUGCUUUUUGUGUCACUGGGAUUACGGUGGAAUCCCUGGUGGAGUCUACUGUUGAUGAGUAAACCCCCUUAUUCCCUACACAUUUGCUGGGAUACUCGAUGUGGAAGCGAUUUAGAUUAGCAUUAGCCAUGGCCUCUGUGGGCUAGCCACACUACACUGGCCAUCUGCUUUUCUUGGUAGGCCUGUCAUACUGCAGGAUAUAAGAAGACAGCAGGGCCGGACCUCACCUAUUUGAUAAUUUAGGCAAGAUUCUGUGGGACCCUUUGCACGCACUGCAGUCUUAAGUGCACCCAAGAAAGGAGUGUGUCGUCACCAAAUAUCCAUGGCCUUGUGAGAGUGGAUGAUUGAGAAGACAGAGGGUGUCGGUGUCUCCAGCCAACAAAUCUCCCCUCCUUGUUUGUCUACAGCCAUCACAUUCUCCCCUUAUAUGUCUCCAACAACAUAUCUCCCCCACCUUGUUUGUCUCCAGCAAUCCAGUUUCGAACCCAUCUUUUUAACAAGCUCUCAUAAUUUACUUACCUUUGCUGUCUUCCCCUGGUCUUCCCCUGCUUCUCUACUCUGCGGUGUGUUCUCUGCUGUGAAGUUCACUCGAGCUUGGGCUGUACAAGCUUUCUGCUGCUGCCUGUCACAUAAUACGACAGACAAUGGUACCGCAGUGCCAGAAAGUCUGUACAUCCCAUAGAAGGACAGCCACGGUCAGUCGGGUCUUCUCAAAUCUGGAGCCGGCACAGCGGAGCUUAGAAAUCCAGCCUGCCCUGAUAUGACUUGGCUUUUCCAGAUGCCCCUAGGCAUUUGCCUAUACUACCUAUGCCUAGGACUGGGUCUGGAAGAAAGUAAUUUUAAGAAAACAACAACUACUCUCUGAUGUAUAUCACUUGCCCCAAAAUAGAGUGCUGGGUAACAUAAAACAACAUCCUGCAUCGUAUGCCUCUGCAAUUCAAUUAUAAAGCAUAAUGGAAUAAGUUUGUGUUAUAUAAAUAAAUGUUAAUACAGUCAUGAAUUGUGCAGAGGUAUGACCUGUCAGAUCUCACCCCAGGAGUUGGCUUAAGGGUCCUACACAUGUUCCGCCGAGGUGCCCGACGGCCGAUACGGCCGGUGUGCGACCCGGCGGCGGGGGGGGGGAGUGACGGGGGGAGUGAAGUUUCUUCACUCCCCUUGUCACCCGGCUCGAUAGCAGUGCAUGCUAAUAUGGACAAAUUUAUUCAAUUGGCCUGCAUGCAUUAGCGACAGGGCACCAACGAUGAACGAGUGCGGGCCGCGCAUCAUUCAUCAUUGGUUCCUACUUCCUACACACUGAACUAUAUGAACGUGUUCUCGUUCAUUAAUGAACUAGAACGUUCAUAUCGUUCAGUGUUAUCUGCCAGUGUGUAGGGCCCAUUACUUCAAACGGCAAUCCUUUGUUACUUUGGCAAAGCAACAACUGUCCAAACAGUUCAACUGUAUUAUUACAUUUAAAAAUUGUGAUACAAUAAAAAAGUUUAUUUUGAUGUUAGGGUUUGCAGGUCCAAGGCCAUAUAGGCAAUGAAACUAGACAGGUUAGCAUGAGAUACUGCAUCCCCUUUUCCCAUUUAAGAGGUUGCCAUGAAAUUCAGAGACACAACACCAGAAUUAUUUAAAAUUUACUGUUGUGAUGCUUUUUACUGUGUUUGUUUCCUGCCCCUACAUUUGAAGUGGUCGCCCCAAUAAAUAAUGCCGCAAAGUAGCAUAGGUGCAACUGGCCAUAACUGGACUGUACAAGACUAUACAAAUUGUAGCAAACUGUCUACACGUAUAUAAAAUUACAUGAAAAGAUAAAAAAAUAAUUCAAUUGCAUCACUGUUAUAAGAAACACAAACUGCUAAAAAGGUUUUUACUUAAAAAAAAGUUUUUAUGUACUUAAUGACCGCCCUAUUACAAAAUGGACCUACAUACUGGAUACCCAGCCGAAGUAUAGUACAGUAACUCCUGGACUGGUGUUUAUAUCUGUGAAUAUACAAUAACUAUUAAAAUGCAUCAGAAUUUGUAACAUGUAUUAUUAGCUUGUAAAUAAUGAUUGUGUUACCUAUGUUCAACUAUUCUGUUGUUAAGGUUAAUUAAUGGCCAUGUUAAUGCUGCUACCUGGGAUCUGGAUGUCUGGAUGUAAAUAUCGUCAAUUCCUUUUUUUGUGAUAUGACUUUCAGGAUUAUUUUCGUUUUUAAUUUUAUGUUGAUGUUUUCUUUAUCAAUAUUAGAGGAGUGUAUAUACUUCAUGGUUAGGUUGAAUUGAAAUAUAUUAAGGGCAAAUCUAAUUAAGAAAAAAAAAUCCCCCUAACAUGGUACCAAAUUGAUUAUUUUUUAUUUUAUUUUUUUGGAGUUUGUUGCUUUGCAUUGCAUAUUAUACAGUAUAAAUUGGAGAUUUUGUGACAAUAUAUGGGUAAAAGGCGCACAGUCAAAAUUUUUUGUUUAGUUAUUAAACUAUCUCCUAUAUAACUGCCCAGAUCUGUCACUCGGUGUCCCAACGCGCAGCAUUACAGGGAGGUAGAUGCACUAAAUAAACUACACCUCCCAGCAGCCCUUAACGCCAAAGCAUUCCGGCGCUAAGGCCUGCUGGGAGCUGUAGUUUAUUGAGUGCAUCCUCUUCCAUGUAUACGGCGCAUUGGGACAGCGGCACUAACAAUAGUGACUGGCUGCUUGGCUACUGUGCGAGUCUCCGGGAGAGCCACUGCCAAAGGAAGGACAGCAGCUUAGCUGCUUCCAGGAGGAGAAGCAGGAGAAGCAUUACCCGCCCCUCCCCCACUCGCAGUACCUCCGGGCCCCAUUCGCGGCACCCCCGCACACCUCCCCUCCACCACCCGUGGUGGCUCCGGACCCCCACCCGCAGCACCCCUGCACCCGCCCCUCGCCCACCCCUGCGGUGGCUCCGGACCCCCACCCACGGCACCAGCCCCUCCCCCACCCGCGGCACCCCCGGACCCCCUGCCCCAUCCAUGUCUCCCCGGCACCUGCCAAUCCCCCAACCACAGCACCUACUAGGUGAUUCAUCAGGCCCUGCGUGCGCUGUUCACGCCGUUGCAAGGGGCUACGACCCCUUAACCAUCGCAGGCCCUUUGUCCAUGCAAUAUAUAUUCACUCACACAAUUAUGAUUGGAAGUAAUACUCCAUAUAAUACAAAUAUUGCACGCCACAAGAGCGUGCAAGGGUUAAGUGGGCGUAGCCCCUUAUGACGGUGUGAAGAGUGCUCGUAGGGCGCGAUGAAUCACCUAGUAAAUAUAAUAAGUUCUGAAUAAGACAGUUGCUUCUAAAUACACAAUAGGUAGCAUUUAGAGUGCCAUUAAAUCUGAAAAUCUGAAAUACAAUAAGAAAUCCAAAAAAUCUUGUAACAGUGGCUUUAUCUCCCAAUAAACUAUCAGAUACUUUGAUAUUUGUAAUUGUCUGUGUAUACUAUUGAACUGUUAUAAGUUACAUUGGGCUUUGAUUGGUUUCAUGUAGUGUUUAUAGAAAAUUCUUUGCCAUAGUUUUUUUGCUAUACAUUUUGUUCAGAUACUUCUGUAGGUUAUUGUUAGCUUUUUAAUCUACAUCAGCAUGCAUUUUAGAAUUUAGUCGUUUUGUGUAGUGAAUGUGUACUAUUGAUAAUCACUGAAUUCACACAAAACACAAAGACCAAUUUGAACCACUAAUUUCUUUAAUUAUAAAAUAAAAUCAUUAUUUUUCUUCCUUUCUUUAAAUCAAAUGUAUAAACAUAUAGGAUUAAGGUUAAAGAUACAUUUUAUAUGUUGACAUUCCAUAGAACUAAUUCUCUCUUGGAAGACCAAACCUAUGACUACAUUGUUGUUUUUGGGGAUUUUCAUGUUUUAAAAAAACAGCUUAUCAAGAAUUUAUUUAAUAAGAUGUUAUUUUUCAUGAGUACAGUUGAAUAAAAUAAUUUAAGAAACAAAAGUUGAAUUUAUGCUAGUCUGAACAAACUUUACUCGUAUUGUAUUUUUAAACUUUGCUUACUACAUUUUUAACAGCUGUUCUUUUAGGAGUACAUUAAUGUAUGUAGAUAUUUUAAAAAGAAAAACAAAAUGGAUCACAAUGUGUGUUUUUACUCAUCAGAGAUCCAUAUAUGAACUGUAAUUUUGCAUACCUGACAAGUGGUAUGAGUUUGGUAUGCUAUGUUGACAGUGGGAAUGCUGACAUGGUCAAUAAUGUUGACAUUCAUCUUGUAGAAAGUGAUGAAAUGUCAACAUGUUAGAAUGUCAACAUAUCGUUCUUGGUGGGCCAGAGGUGACUUACCUGCUCCAGCUUCUGGAGCUGUGGUAAUUUGUCCAUCACUUCUGGGUCAGUGCCUAGUGCCUAACUCUAAAGCUGGGUACACACUCAACAACAUUUUAAAUGAUUUUGCCAAUAACGACCAUUCGUAACAAGAAAUUUGUUUGAUCAUCCAGAGUGUACACACUACUGUAUAUUGCGAGCAAUGUGUGCUCCCGCAGAUCACUAGCAACAUCCUCUGUCAUCUGUACAUGCAGCACAAAUUCGACAAUGUUGCUAACUACUAGGACCAUAUCGUCCAGUGUGUACACUACCAACGAUUAACGUCUAAUUUAAAUUAGGCUGAAAACCAACAAUUUGGUAGUAUCAGAUGACUCGUGUAUAUUGUUUUGGUUGUUUGUAAAAUUGCUCAGUGUACGCACAGUAUCGUUUGUCCGGGAGUUCCAGGGGGUCCCAAGGAACUCGUGAGUGACCUAUCGUUUGCAUGUCGUCUAGUGUGUACCUAGCUUAACCCUCCCACAUGCAGCCUAAUGUCGACUUUCUGACAAUGUUGGUAUUUCACGCUGAGGAUGUCGCCAUAUUGAGUUUUGAUGUUAUCAUUGUAGACAUUGUAAAUGUUGCUAUUUUGACUACAUGCCAGUGGCGCAGUGUGACAACACUUAAUGUGGAAUAUAAUCUUGGAUGUGACUGAAAGCCCUGUGCACAAAAAAUAAAGAUGUACUGUAUAAAUGUAA